AUGACUGCCGGAUCGGAAGAACAUGAGCCCCUAAUUACAUCCUCCGUGGAUCAGCAGAGGGUGACGUAUAAUAAUUCUCCCCAGGGAGGUAACACACCAAGCGGCAGUCCUCGUACCAGUGGUGGUGAAGUUACUCUUGCGAUACCACACAACAGAAGCUAUGGGGCAAUCGGAGGCGUGGAGAAGGUCACCUACACCUGGGCAGAUGUCAACGCCUUCGCCACGGAGACCAGGUCUAGAAAUAAGAGGUUCUGGAACUGCUGGAAGACCUCCUCAGACAGAAUGUUUCAACAGCGGAAGCAGCUGUUAAAAAAUAUUAACGGAGCUGCUUACCCCGGUGAACUUCUCGCAAUAAUGGGUUCUUCGGGGGCCGGAAAGACCACACUCCUCAACACUUUAACCUUCAGAACACCAUCUGGAGUUGUGGCGAGUGGUACCAGGGCAUUAAAUGGACAGCCGGCUACUCCCGAGGCGCUUACAGCUUUGUCAGCUUAUGUGCAGCAGCAGGAUUUGUUCAUCGGCACGUUGACUGUUAAGGAACAUUUGAUAUUUCAGGCUUUGGUGCGAAUGGACAGGCAUAUCCCGUACGCACAACGCAUGCGGCGUGUUCAGGAAGUUAUAACAGAGUUGGCGCUAUCAAAAUGCCAGAACACAGUGAUCGGCAUCAGCGGUCGUUUGAAGGGCAUCUCCGGAGGGGAGAUGAAGCGGCUGUCGUUCGCCAGUGAGGUGCUGACGGAUCCACCUCUCAUGUUCUGCGAUGAACCGACAUCAGGCCUGGACUCGUUCAUGGCACAGAAUGUUAUACAGGUGUUAAGCGGCCUUGCGAAGAAGGGCAAAACUGUGAUCUGUACGAUACAUCAGCCGUCAUCUGAGUUGUACGCGAUGUUUGAUAAACUCCUCAUCAUGGCAGAUGGCAGAGUCGCCUUCCUCGGUUCUCCCGAUCAGGCUACUGAGUUCUUUAAAGACUUAGGCGCAGCAUGUCCCACUAACUACAACCCAGCAGACCACUACAUCCAACUCCUGGCUGGAGUACCAGGCCGCGAGGAGACCACGCGUCACACCAUCGACACCGUGUGCACGGCAUUCGCCAAGUCAGAGAUCGGAUGCAAGAUCGCCGCCGAGGCUGAAAAUUCUAUUUUUAAUGAGCGCAAAAUCUCAAAAGGCUGGGCGGAUUCUGCAUGGUCAAAUGCAGCUGCCUUCAGAGCUCGUCGGUCGCCAUACAAGGCGUCCUGGUGCGCCCAGUUUAGAGCUGUUCUAUGGCGGUCUUGGCUCUCAGUCACUAAGGAACCUAUGCUCAUCAAAGUGCGCUUCCUGCAGACCGUCAUGGUAUCAAUUCUUAUCGGAUUGAUAUACUUCGGACAGAAUUUGGAUCAAGAUGGAGUCAUGAACAUUAAUGGCGCCAUCUUCCUCUUCCUUACCAACAUGACCUUCCAGAACAUUUUUGCUGUUAUUAACGUAUUUUGUUCCGAACUACCGAUAUUCAUCCGCGAGCACCAUUCAGGGAUGUACCGAGCAGACGUGUACUUCCUCUCGAAGACGCUCGCGGAGGCGCCGGUCUUCGCCACGAUACCUUUGGUGUUCACCACCGUGGCUUAUUACAUGAUCGGACUAAACCCAUCCCCUGCGAGAUUCUUUAUUGCAUCAGGUCUUGCUGCCCUCAUCACCAAUGUUGCUACGUCAUUUGAAGUAAUUAAACAGCAGGAUCAAUAUAUAACAUAA